CUGGAAAGUGAAACUGAGAAAACCAUUUAGAAUGCGCGAUGCUGCUUGUAGCUGGAAGGUUAACAUUAUCACAUGUUUGUAAAAUUACUAUCAUCAUUAUAACCUAUGUGUGCUGUUACCUCGACCAAUCGGAUGGCACGCAUGUAGGGUGGUCGACAAAAGAAUGUUGAGUACAGAUUAUUAUUAUAACUUUCUCAAAGGGGUGACGACGAAUUAAAAAACUGAAAAAGUUUGAAUACCACUGACUUAAGUUUGCAUCUAAAUUUCACCCGAAGUUGCACCAACCCUGACUGAGAAUUUGACUGAAGCCCAAAGUGGUUAAACCCAAAGCAAACGAAGAUGGCACCAGAAUUAAACUUGUCUCCACCAACCAAAUUUCUGCUGGUACCCGGUGAGCCGCAGGAGCCUUGGAAUGACUGGAUAAAACAUUUUGAGUUGUACAUAAGAGGCUCGCCAGAGGAAGAGAAGAUAGCACUGUUAAACAUUUACCUUGGGAAGGAGGGACUGCGCAUCUUAAAUACUUUGACAACGAUUGAAACAUAUGCAGCAAUUAUUGAUGCCCUCAAUGCUUACUUCAGCAAUGCUCAGGAGCCUCAGGACUGUCAGGAGCCUCAAGACUGUCAGGAGCCUCAGGACCCGGAUGAUUCACAAAGAAUCAAACAGAACAGAAAAAGGAUGAUCAUUACAGGAGCAGCAGCAACAAUGGGUGCAGCUGCAGCAGUGGUGGGGGCACCAGUAGCCCUGGGAGUGGCAGGUUUGACUACUGUUGGGGUUGCUGCUGGAGCAACUGCAGGGGGCGCCGCAAUAGGAACAGGUACAAUUGCUGCAGCAGCAACAGCAACAGUGGGAGCAGUUGCGGCAGUGGCAAUGGCACCAGUUGUCCUAGGAGCGAUAGGAUUCACUGCUGGUGGGAUUGCUGCUGGAUCAUAUGCAGCAAGCAUGAUGUCUGCAGCGGCCGUGGUAAAUGGAGGUGGGGUAGCAGCAGGGGGUCUUGUUGCUGCUCUACAGACGGCAGGUGCUGCUGGGCUCUCAGGAGCGGCUACAGCGGUGGUGGGAGGUGCUGGAGCUGCGAUUAGUGGAGCCUUGGGAUGGGGGGCCGCAGGAGCAGGGUUCUCAGGAGCGGCAGCAGCUACUACAGCAGCUACGGCAGGUGCUGCAGGGCUCUCUGCAACGGCUACAGCAGCCGCGGGAAGUGUUGGAGCAGCAGUUGGGGGAACAGCAGCAUGGCUGGCUUCAAGGACUUGGACACCUGAAAAGGAGGAAGGAAAAGAUACAGGAGCAGCUACAGCAGCUGCUGCAGGAGGUGCUGCAGGGCUUUCAGGAGAGUCUACAGAGGCUGUGGGAGGUGUUAGAGCAGCAGUUGUUGGAGCGUCUGAAGGGGAGGGAGGAGUCGAGGAGAGAGAGCUUUCAGGAACGACUACAGCAGCUGCAGAAGGUGCUGCAGGGCUUUCAGGAGAGGCUACAGAGGCUGUGGGAGGUGUUAGAGCAGCAGUUGGUGGAGCGGCAGAAUGGCUGUUCUGGCUGACGUCUAAAAAGGAGGGAGGAGAGUAAAGAGGGAAGAGAGGAAGAGAAGAGAUCCCGGAAGGAAAAAAAACGUAUUGAUACUGCAACAUUCAUGAAAGUGUUUUGAAUGAUUUCAUAAUGGUGUUAUGAGUGCAUGUGUAUACCCCCUUUGGUGUUGCCAAACAUACAUAUACAGUGCUGAGACUAUCACAGUGCAGGUGCAUUUAUACGGAGACUUGAUUACACACAGCUGGAUUGUAUUUCUCAUCAUUAGUCAUUUAGAUCAACAUUGGAUCAUUCAGAGAUCCUCACUGAACUUCUGGAGAGAGUUUGCUGCACUGAAAGUAAAGGGGCUGAAUAAUUUUGCACGCCCAAUUUUUCAGUUUUUGAUUUGUUAAAAAAGUUUGAAAUAUCCAAUAAAUGUCGUUCCACUUCA